AUGUACCGGUUAUCUGAAUUACCUAUGGAGAUUCUAUAUACUAUAAUGGAGUGUUUGAGUACAGAAGAUAUCCUUAUGAUGGCACGACUGAAUACCUGGUAUGGUUAUCACCUGUCAUGGAUCUUGAGUGAACGAAUAGAAAGACAUGUCCGACAAGAUGGAUGGCGCAUACAUAUUGACAUUCUGGCAAAAACGCACAUACAAAAGACAGUGGCAACGAACGAUAACCGCCUUAAAUUGACCCCACCUUUCACCGAAGAAUUGUUGUUGCUUAGCGAGUAUUCUGGAGUCAUAAACCCUUACACGCUGACGUUAGAAUUCAACUUAUACCCAGUCGAUGAAAACGGCUUAGAUACUGUUUUGCAUUCAAAACAAAUCGAACGAUCCAAUGUCAAAAGAAUGUUUCGCUUGAAAACGAAUAUCGAUAUAGUUGCUUAUUUUGCUCAGAUAUCAACGAAUAAUAGAAGGUUACAGCAUGUCAAUCAAGCCGGCGCAGCGGCAAUAGCGAUGAAAGAAAAGCAGAAAGGUAAAAAGAAGAUUCAUCCUAGCAGCCAUAACUGCUUGGUAGCAAGGAUGGGCAAAGGAUUCAAUAUACAAUAUAAAAUGUUUAACAUGCGAGACAUUAACAGCAACGAAGAUAUGUCUAAUUUGGCUGGCAGAUUCCGGAACGACUUUGAACAAUCUAGAAUUGAACAUGUAGGCAUGACAGACAGGUACAUCGAUUCAAUUGCAGUGAUAACUUUUGAUAAAUUGCAUGUGUCCCCUGAAUGGUGGGUAAACCAAAUGAAAAUGCCCACACUGAAUAGUAAUAGUAGUGAUUUGAAUAGCUGUGGAUUCUCUUCCGGUUUCUUUUAA